AGAGACAGGGCGAACCUCAAACCCAUAUAUAGGCACGUCAUAUGUCUCAAAAACUCGACCAUAUCAGCGUUCGCCUGUUUCCUCCGCCAAGAAGUACUGCGAUGCUCCACUCGCCGGGUCCCCUACAUUAUGCACCCCCUGAAGAUCCGCCUAUUGACUAUACUUUACAUGCGCCGAAAAAGAGAAGUAUACCAGAAAUUCCUUGGAAAAAUAAUGGAAUACCGUUGUCCAAGUCAGCAUCAUCACCAAACAAUGCGACCAAAUCUUAUUUUCCUGAAUUGCCACAGGAGAAGAGCUAUUGGCCAAAGCAAACAGUAUCAUCCAGACCAACGCCGUUUAGACCAUCUACGCCACAACACUCCACACGUAAGCUGAAUGGCGAGGAUGCCGCUCAUAGAAGGGAGAAAGCUACUGGUAAUAAACACCUGCCAAGUUGCCCAGUCGAUGUUGUUGAAUUUCAAUACUGGCUUUUUGGGGCUCAGUCAUUAUCGCACCAAGGUGCCGAUACGGUGGCUAAGAUUUCUGUCCAUGAUCAACGGGAUUUGAGUAAUUGGCCCAAGCAAACCACGUCAUCUAAGUCCACAGCAUCAGCUCCCCUACUACGACGGCGUACCACUCAGUUAGCAAGUGCCUAUAAACCUAGGCCUGAACAAACACUAUCAGCCAGUACAACUACAGGGAAAACUUCCCCAUUGCGUCAGCACUCAACCAGUAAGGUAUCUGUCGGAGUACAAAAGGAAGACUAUGAUGCAGCAAAACUUCCAAAUCAACUAAGAGACAACGCUGAGCUCUCUAGUGAUAAAUCGCACCAGAAUGGCAACCACCGGUCUGAGCGAACCUUAUCACCUAAGCCAGCGGUGAGAUCGGCUACGCCAGUGCGAGGACGCUCCACUCGAAAGUUAACCGGCGAAGUUGCUACACACAUACAAAAAGAAAGCGACACAACAACAGAACCUCCAAGCUCAAAUGCCGCAACUGAGAUCUCUACGGACGAAACCCAGCAAGAACAAGAUCACCGGUCUGAGGAAAAAUCAUCACCUAAGCCGACGCAGAGAUCAACACCCCCGUUGCAACAACUAAGAAAAGAAUCGGAUACAGCAUCUACACCCCCACCUUCCGAUGAGGCUUCACAGGAAUCGCAGCAGCAGGAAGAGGAUCAGCGGUAUGGAAUAAAACAUACAUUUGCAGUUCUCCGUGAAGCUGACUAUGUAUCAAUAGAGGAGCCGAGUUAUCGGCCAGAGGAGAGGCCGCCCAUACCUGAGCUGCCACCACCUCCACCACCGAAACCACGACGCACAACACACAAAGUAGAUGGCGAGGAUAUUAUCCAAGUACGAGGAAGAACCGAUACGACAACGACGGUGCGAGUAGCUGAACAUCUGCUCAAAGAUCUUGAUGCGGUUCUUGACAAAGAGGAAUUCCCACCUGGAUCAAAAGAAAGACUGGAAGUGAUUGCGGAGAAUAUUCACCGUCAGUUUGAGAAGAAAAAACCUCCCCAUCCUCCAAUCCCUUUCAAACAAACUGAAGAGAGCAAUGGUGAACAACAAGAGAAGCAACACUCCCCCAAAAGCACUAAUAGUUUGACGAAAAACCUUCCUCCUCCAGUUGCUCCCGAUUUUAGCGAUGACAUUAUGAAAGAGUUGCAAAGUUCCAAAAAUAAAGAUAGCGUAGCAAUGAACGAGCUCCGCAAAACCUUGGUAGAGAAGAAAUACAAAGAGGUUGAAAAAAGCAUCGAAGAGGCAAAACGAUAUUAUUCCCCAGAAUAUUUCACUGAAAUCAAGAGCAAUGCACCAGGCAUACCACCUUGGAAACGCGAUCUGCUAGCAAAACGAUUUUCUACUGAGGCAAUCGAACAAUUCGAGGAAUGCGUAUGGAGAGACUUUACGGAAUGGAAGAAAAGAAAUGCUCCAGGGGUAGAAUUCAACCCGCCAACGAAAAAUUUGAGCUCUGAAUCAUACAUCACUUACUGAGAACAUCUUUUCAUCUUGCUGGAUGACCAAUAAAGCAUACCUCAAUUUCUC